AAAUAUAUUGAAGCUAUUAUUUAUUACAGCUGAAUCAUAUAAAAAUCAAUAUUUAUAUCUGAGACAUUUUCUGACAAAACAUAUCUGAUCAAAAUGUCUGUAAAUAUACGCUGUGCUACUACAGAAGACUUGCUGAAUAUACAGCAUUGCAACUUACAAUGUUUACCUGAAAAUUAUCAAAUGAAGUAUUACUUGUAUCAUGCUCUCUCUUGGCCUCAAUUGAGUUACGUAGCCGAGGAUGAGAAAGACAGGAUAGUGGGAUAUGUGCUUGCCAAGAUGGAAGAGGAUUGCGAAGACAAUCCUCAUGGACACAUUACCAGUUUAGCUGUGAAACGUUCUCACCGUAGACUAGGUAUUGCUCAGAAGCUGAUGAACCAAGCGUCUAGGGCGAUGGUCGAAUGUUUUGGUGCGAAAUACGUUUCACUGCACGUUCGCAGAAGCAAUCGUGCGGCUCUCAACUUGUACACCAGCAGCUUGCAGUUUGAAGUGUCGGAAGUAGAACCUAAAUACUAUGCGGACGGCGAAGAUGCUUACGCUAUGAAGCGAGAUUUGACCAGCUUUCAUCACGAGAAGGCUCUAAGGGAUAGAGCACAUAAAGAGGGCAAUGUUCACACGCUACUCGGCAGAAUUCGGAUCGAUUCUUGAACCACUUGCUUUACGUUAAGCAAACUUAAGAAUAUACCUCUCCUGCAGGUUGUCUUAAAGAUUAUAAAACUAAUAAGGCCUUAGUAUAUGAAUAAAAGUCGGUUCUUCAGUUCCGUCAAUUCUCGGCAUGUAUAACAUACAUCAAUUUUCUCUUUUUCUUCGAAAUUUAUAAAAAUUGACACAUUAUUGAUCACGUCAAUGAGUACAACUAAACAACUAAUUGUUAACUAAAUAUUAGAAAAGACUAAAUUACACUAACAAAACGGUUAGAUGAAUCUGUAUUUCUUAAAUGAUUAUAUACUGAUGAGAUAUAUGUAUAUACAUAUAUAUAUUAUAUAUAAAUACACAUCAAAGCGUCUGACUUGGUAUAUUAAUAUUUUUUGUAUUCAUGAUUAUGUAAAGAGUACCUAUUGCCAAUUUUCGCGAUGGCAUAAGAUUGGAGCACUUUGGGAUUGUUGUGGGUUUUUUAGUUGAUAAUUUCAUCAAUCGCGAACGAUUCGACCCAUACUAUAAAAUGUGUAGUUAGGAAAUUAUAAAGAAAUAAAGGUAUUUAUGAAAAGGUUA